AUGGCAACACGGAAUAAGCGAAUUACUGAUGUCGAGCUUGACGAAAUUAUGCUAAAGAAAACUUGUCAAACCAUUGUGCACUCAGCAGAUUUAGAGUUAGUUGAGGAAUUCCCUUUGACAAUAACGAUUAAACAAGUAAGAAGGGAUGCCGAAGUUAAACUCGGAUUAACUGCUAAAUUUCUAGAUAAGCAACCUUGGAAGGACCUUAUACAUGAGUUUGUGACGGAGGCGAUCCAGAAAUCGAAAUCAGAGGACGAAUCUGUCGCAUAUUCAUCAAGACCAAAAUCUAGAAGAGCUGGUAAGAAAAGUUCAGCAAUUCAAUCGAAAAAGAUUUUGAACCAGUGUUUAAAAAAAAUCGGCAAAAUUUGGUUCCUCAAAAGCGUCCAGCUAACAGCAAAUCUAAGAGGCAUUGAGUUCAGAAUGGAAGAGAAAGGACUGAAUUUCAUGCAGUUUAAUGACAAUGAAACGAGCGAUAAUAGGGCGCGAAAAAUCGAGACAAUAAAAAAGGAUGAUAAGACUAUUUAUUUAGAAGACUCUAAAGAUGAUAACAUUGUCGAAGAUGGCGGAUCAGUAAUGGCUCUUGAGAACAAAGUGGCACAAGAAUCGGACCAAGGAUUAAAUAAAUCCCGGACAAAAGAGUUUAGAAAUGACAAACUUGCAAAUAGCAGUAUGGAAGAAGAUAGCGAAAAUGAUAUUAGCAGUGAAUCAAAACGAUCUAAUGACGCGGAGAUAUCUGACACUGAGCAUGAAAUAGAAAAAUCCGCUACAACUAAACGCGCAAGUUUUAAUAACGGAGAUAGUCACAGCGAGCCUGAGGGUGAUCCACCAAAGAAGCGCAAAACAAAAAAAGGAAAAAGCGCGCCAACUGUUUCGUCCAAUAAUGAUGAUGAUGAAGCAACCAUCAAAGAACUGAAAGCGGAAGCAACUAUCAAAGAACUGAAAGCGUUUAUUGUAAAAUGUGGAGUACGUAAAGUCUGGUCGAGAGAGUUAGCUGAUUGUGACUCUAUCUCAAGUCAAAUCAAUAGAUUAAAUAAAAUUCUCAGUGAUUUAGGAAUUAAAGGUCGACCAACUCUAGAAAAAUGUAAGAAGAUUCGUGAACGACGAGAACUUGAGGCAGAACUGAAUUCGAUGGACGUUGGUAAUAUUAUUUCUGAUGACAUUAAAGAGGGUCGUAAAGCUCGUGCUUCCAGGGGCAUAUUUAAUCCUACUGGUCGUCGUAUAAUUCGCGCAAAACGUCAAAUAGAGGAGGAAACUGAUGACGGUGCUUCCACUGAACCUAACCAAGAUUCUGAGUAA